AUGACGAGCGUGCGGCAGCCGGCCCCCGCCCGCCCGUACGAUGCCCUGUACGACCCGAUUUACACGGUGUCCGGGCAGAGGGACCACCACCGGAACGUGCACGGCGACGCAAAGGUGGAGAAGGUGCAGCACUUCGAUAACAUGUACUCGGAGGUGAAGUCGUUCCCGAACCACACGAUGAGGGCGCGCAGGGCGAACGCCACGCUGGAGCCCGGCGCGCACGUCAGCCGCGAGUUCGACCCCGCGCUUCACGCCGGCGGCGACCCCGCCGCCACCCUCACCUCCGCCGCUUCCACCGCCCGCUUCGGCGCCGCGACGUCCUCCUCCUCCGUCGCGCAGCACACGCGAAAGGGCGACCUCCCGGUGGGAGCCGCAGCGACGAUCGCCCCGGCGUCGACCUCCAGGAGCCGCCGCGACGCCGCCGUGGACGUUCCACGGCACAUGCACAGGUACUUCAGGCGGCCGGUGAACCCCAACCCGGGGCAUCACCCCGGCUUGCGACCGGCCCCACCUAACGCGCCUCGAGGCCACGUCCCCGCCGACGCGCCGGACGCCGACGCCCUCCACCGCGCGCGCCUGGCCGCCGCCGACGCCGUCGCCGCCGCGGAACGCGAGCGCAUCGAGGCGCUCAACGCGCCGAGGAGUAAGACGGUCGGGACGCAGUCGCUGUAUCGCGAAUCCGAGGCGCAGACUGCGCCCUACGAACCCGAAUAUUUCGUGCCAGACCCGAACGAACGCACGGCGAAGCAGGCGGCGCUGGCGGAGAGGAACGCCACGGAAGGAGGCGCGCCGGAGCUCCUCUCGAUCCGGCACCUCACGUUCGCGUCGGGCUUGCCCGCGGGGGCUGCGGAGGCUGAGCACAUCGAGAAGAUGCGGGCGAAACGCGCGUUCGAGGCUUCGCUCCCGCCGCUGUCGGACGCGGCUUCGCUGCCGCUGCGAAAGAAAUUAAUGGAGGAGUGGGAGGAGGCGGAGUGGGCGGAACGCGAGAUGGAGAUUGCGCGGUUGCAAGAGGAGAGGCUGGACAUCCUUCGUAGGGCGAUCGACGCCAGGGAGGAAAAGGCGGAGAGAGUCGCGGAGGCUCGGCUGCGUCGCGUGCGCGACGGGAUGCUGUCGGAGAAGCACAAAAAGUUUGCGGCGAUCCAGGCGAAGCGGCUCAAGGCGCUGCGAAAGCUGGGUAAGAGCCGCGCCGCGUCGUUCGAGGAUGGGGACGAGAACAAGAACUCCAUCGUGGACGAGUACGCCGAUCACGCCUCCAAAAAGUACGUUCCCGACCCGGUACAAGGCUUGGUCGCGCACCCUAAGAUUGACACCGCCGGGUACCUCAAAGACGGCGUCGUCCACGGCUCCUUGGACGACGCGAAGGCGUUUUACGAGUCCAUCCCGCGGGAGGCGUACGAGUGGGACGCGGAGACGGCGAUGGCGCGCGUGUUUGAGACGCGGGCGCCCAAGGUACGGGUCUGGGAGCAAUCCGCGGGGGGCGGAGUGGAGGAGAAGCGAGCGGAGGCUGUGUUGGACGCGAUGUACGAGGAGAUGCAACGGGAGAAACGAAAGAAGGCGGCGGCGGCGGCGGCGGCGGGGGGGGGGGGGGAUGACGCGCCCGGCGCGGUCACGCCGGAGCCCGCGACGCCCGGCGCUGUCACGCCCGGCGGCACCGCCGUCGCGUCCACGCCCAAACCCGUCGCUUCAAAGGCAAAGACGGAGCGACCGGAGACGCCGACGCUGCCGCCGCCGAUGGAGUCGGAGGACGCCGCGGAGAUGUACCGCGCGGUGGUGUGGCUUCAGUCCCUGCUCCGGGGGCGAGCCGAGCAGAACGAGACGUUCGCGGGCAGGGAACGGCGACGCGAGCUCAUCGCCGAGCUCCGUCUCGGGGAGGAGGAGGCGGGGGCGUCGGGCGACGGGGGAGGAGUCGGGGCGUCGGCUGCGGCGCUCGAGCGAGCCGCGGGCGCGGCGGGCGCCGCCAUCCUGCGGGUCCUCGCGACGAAGGACCCCGUCGCGCGCGACGCUGCGUUCGAGAGGACGGACCUCGCGGCGCGCGAGCGCGACGCGGCGGAGAUGGACGCAGCCGCCGCGAGGAUCCAGGCGAUUCAGCGCGGCCGAGUCGCCAGGCGAAGGGCGGCGACGGAGCGGUCCUCGUCCUCACACCCCGACUCCCCGGCGCGCCUCCCUCCCGGCGUCUCCGCGGCGAACGCGUCGUCGCCGCUCCCGGACCUCGCCGGUUUCGACGAGUCGGAGCGGGGGAUGAUCCUGAAGAUUCAGGCGGCGGCGCGGGGGCGCGCGGCUCGGCGAAGCGUCGAGUGCAUCCGCAGGGGCGAGGAUCCGAACGCGUGGCGGACCACCCCGGCUCCGAGACCUCCGCCCCGGGAUCCCACCGAGGUUCGGCCUCUCACGCCCGAGGAGGAGGAGGCUUUCGACGUCGCGGGCCUCACCCCGGAGGAGAAGGCGGCGGUGGCUAAGAUGCAGGCGAGCGCGCGGGAUUUGCUCCUCCGGGGCGAGGCGCCGCUCGAGUCGCUGGGCGAGAUGUCGCCAGCCGAGGCCGCGGCGGUGGCGAAGAUUCAGGCGAGCGCAAAGCUCCACCUCGCGCGGUCCGACGCGCUCGCCGCCGCGCUCGACGAAUCCGCCUCCGUGAAGGUGGACGCCUCCGCGCUGAACGACGACGCGUCCAGGAGGCUGCAAGCGUCCGCGCGGGCGCACCUCGAGAGAGCCGCGGUCGUGAAGUUGGACGCCGCCGCGCUGAACGAAUCGUCCAGGAAACUGCAGGCGUCCGCGCGGGCGCAUCUCGAGAGAGCCGCGGCGGUCGACGCCCCACCCGCAGUCGUCGAUGCGGGCUCCAUCGUCGACGCGGACGUGGAACUCGACGUCGCCGCGCUCGACCUGGACUCCAAGGAGAAGGUGGUGACGAUGCAAGCCUCGGCGAGGGCGCACGUGGAGCGAGUUCGUUCGGCGGCGGAUGCGAGUCCGGGCGGGCUCGCGAAGCAGCCGAGCCGACGCGCGUCCCGCCGCGGCGGCGGCCUCAUGCGCCGCGACUCCUUCAAGCGUCUCGAGCUCGAAGCGGGUGCCGAGGGUGCCGAGGGUGCCGAUUCUCCCGGCGCGGCGACGGCCGGUUCAUUCUCGGCGGAUGAUCACCCGGUUCCGGUGACGAUGUCGUCGCGGGCCAGGCGCAAUUCCCUCACCGGCGCCCCCGACGCCGGCUCGUCGCCGCCCGCGGCGUUCCAAGACGUGGGCGCGACGUACACGGAGGAGGACGAGGUUCACAUCGUCAAGAUCCAGGCCGCGACCCGGGGGCACCUCGCGAGGAGGAAGUCGAGGAUGGCCGCCGAGGAGGCGGCGGAGGCUGAAGCGGCGGCGACGAAGAUUCAGUCGAUGCACCGCGCCCGCGCGGCGAGGCGCGAGGCGGCGGCGUUGCGCGCGGAGAGGGCGGAGCAGGAAGCGGCGGCGGUGAAGAUCCAGGCCGUGCACAGGGGACGCGCGGCGAGGAAGCAGAUUAGCGCACAGCGCGAGGGAGGCUCUGUCCAGUAG